AUGAUCGACGAACUAGACAAUAUGUUCGGAACGUACGACAAGAUUGCCAAAUCGAAUGCUGAGAUAUUCGAUCCUAAAUUUGGCAUGGGAGUAACAGAUAAGAAGGAAUCGUUCGAGGACUUCUACGCACGAUUCUCUGCAGCUAUCGCUCCCUUGGGAUUCACUGAUGUCCAUAAGAUAUCCAACCUGAAACGAUUGAUCUCCACACGCCUGAGAUAUCGGAUUUCAGGACAGCCUUUUGGCACUUUCCGAGAAUUGGUCAUUUUCCUACGAGCACUGGAUAUGGACCUACGGGCUGUUGAUAAUGCAUCAGGCCCAAAGAGUAAGGAAGAAACCAACAAAACUGGUAAUGGUCGUGGGAACUCUACCCCCUCGAACAAUCAGCGUAACACUUCAUCCACUGGAAGAAACAAUGGUACCACCACCGAAAAUUCCCAUACACGAGGAUACAAGUAUCCCAAACCAUUGGUGGAUAGAAUCCGAAAAGAAGGCAGAUUUUUCAAGUGCCUGAAGACUGGACACCGUUCCAGCGAUGACAGUGCCCCAUGCAAGAAUGCAGACCCAUUAACAAAAGAACAAGUUGAUGUGGUUCUGAAAGCCGUCGGCGUUGAGGAGAACGUCCCCGCCGAACUACCACAAGAAUCGGAAAACUAA